CACGAAGAAAUAAAACCUCCACGGCUAAUUCCGUUCUCAUAUCCAUAGCCACAAACUUUUCCCAAACAAAUGGAUGGAACGAACGUGGACGGCGUAAGUAAAAGUGCAAGGGAGGAAGUUGAACUGGACGGCCAAGAUCCGAACUUUGGGCGGGGGGAACAGUGCGAGUACCCACCAGCUUUGGCACUCAUGGCCAGCAGUGAUCCACGCGCCUGGCUGGCUCCUGUGCAGACUGGCACCUGCGCGGCACACGCCGAAUACCUGCUGCACUCGCCCGGCUCGAGCGCGGAAGGCGUGUCCUCUGCCUCGAGCAACAGCUCAAACUUCAGGAAGAGCAGCAAAGUGCGCGAGUUGUGCCGACUUAAGGGAGCUGUGGGAGCAGAUGAGGGCAGGCAGCGUGCACCAUCCAGCAAAGCGACCAAUGUUGUGCAAAAACAGAGGCGAAUGGCUGCCAAUGCUCGCGAGAGGAGGAGGAUGCACGGAUUAAACCACGCUUUCGACAAACUGCGCAGUGUAAUCCCAGCCAUGGAUGAUGACAAGAAGCUCUCUAAAUAUGAAACCCUACAGAUGGCUCAGAUCUACAUCAACGCCCUGUCCGACUUGCUUCAGGGUCCCGAUGCUGAAGCUGAUCCGCCAAACUGCGACAUGCUGUCUGCCAAUGUGUACGAGGAGGAGCACUCUCCUAGCGGAUCACCGAGCAUCUGUCGGAGAGGCACAGGAGCAGGUCUACCUGUCCAGCUGUCCGGUAUCCACUAUCAGUACGAGGCCGGAUCAUUCGCCUCUUUCGUGGAGCAGGACAUUCAGUCUCCCUCUGGAACGAGCAAAUCCGGUUCGGAGGGUAACAAAAAUUCGCCCCGGUCGAACCGAAGCGACGGAGAGUUCUCCCCUCACUCGCACUUCAGUGACUCGGACGAAACGCACUUGGAGCUGCAGAGCGAAGACGAGCUCUCUGAACUGAAACUGUCCAACCACCGCGCUUUUUAGAAACGCACCGCCGGACUGUCCAUCAAUCGUGUCAAUCAUAUAUUUUGCCUUUGCCCAGUAUGUCCAGUGCAGUGGGUUGCUUUAUUAUCCAAUUGACUGGUUUCAGAUCUUUGUUUGUUUUAUUACGUUGUUGUGUCGACAACUGUCCGAAAAUAUAAUUAGUUGCCCAGACCCCUAUGCCAUGUCAACCGCAGCGUGCAGCAGUGCCAUGGGCUCAAAUGUCAUGCAUAAAAACCUUUCAAGUCUUCCGUGAAAUAUUUUGACACUAUUGAUUUAUACAUGAUUGUCAUGGACUGAUUUCAUAGAUAGGAUUGAUGAUGAUCUUGAUUUGAACAAUGUAAGAAUUUUGCAACUUUUAAAGUUCACGUGCACUUUAAAACGGGCCAUAGGCUUGAGACGCAUUCUUUUGUCAUGGAAGAAGGAAUGUUGUGUUUUAUGUAGAAGUCAUGCCAAUUUGAUGAAUAUAUUUAAUAUAGCCAUUAGAUUUUGUACAUUCGUUGAUUUUUAAUAUUUGGUCUCAUUGCAAAGAUUUUGUUGUCUGCCUCUGCUUGGAGACGAUAGCUGAUGUUAGCUAUUUAUUUCCGUUUUCCUU